AUGGGAAGUGAAGCUGAGAUUCUUAAAAAGCCCAGGUUUUUAUGUCUUCAUGGAUUUAGAACAAGCGGAGAAAUUCUCAAGAAACAAGUGCAUAAGUGGCCUGAAUCAGUGCUUCAAAAGCUAGAUCUUGUUUACCUAGAUGGCCCUUUUCCUGCCCAAGGAAAAUCUGACGUGGAAGGAAUCUUUGACCCUCCUUAUUAUGAGUGGUUCCAAUUCAACAAGGUCCAAAUUCCUAUGCUCAUUCAUGUUUCUCGAUGGUUUGAUUUUGAUGAUGGGUUUGUUUUGGAAUUCAAUGAAUACAUUAAUUUUGAUGAGUGCCUUGCUUAUAUCGAGGAUUUUAUGAUUAAGAAUGGACCCUUCGAUGGUCUCCUUGGUUUUUCACAGGGCGCAAUUUUGUCGGCUGGGCUUCCUGGAAUGCAAGCGACGGGUAUGGCUCUAACCAAAGUACCCAAAAUAAAGUUUCUGAUAAUAAUCGGAGGAGCUAUGUUCAAGUCACCAUCUCUGGCAGAGAAGGCAUAUGGCUCUCCAGUUGAAUGUGCUUCCCUCCACUUUUUAGGGGAGACGGACUUCUUGAAGCCAUAUGGAAUGGAACUCUUGAAAUCAUGCGUAGACCCUGUUGUGAUUCAUCAUCCAAAAGGUCAUACGAUACCAAGACUUGAUGAAAAGGGAAUUGCAUCCCCCAACCGGAAAGAUACAAUUGAUAGAGGCUCCAGCGAACCCAACACCACUGGAAGAAUGCAAAAUCCAGAGUCCAUAUCAUACCUGACUCAGCGAGAAGCUGCCGAAGUUGAUGAGAUUCUCAUGGGUCCGCUCGGCUUCAGCGUCGAUCAGUUGAUGGAAUUGGCAGGAUUAAGUGUUGCUGCUUCAAUAGCGGAGGUGUAUAAACCUAGCGAAUACAGUCGUGUUCUUGCAAUCUGCGGUCCAGGGAAUAAUGGUGGUGAUGGUUUAGUGGCUGCUCGUCACUUGCAUCAUUUUGGAUACAAACCAUUUGUUUGUUAUCCAAAACGGACUCAGAAAUCUCUCUAUAAUGGUCUUGUUACUCAGUUGGAAUCACUGUCAAUCCCUUUCCUUUCAGUGGAGGAUUUGCCUGCAGAUUUGUCAGAGGAUUUUGACAUUCUUGUAGAUGCAAUGUUUGGGUUCUCGUUCCAUGGUUCCCCAAGACCACCUUUCGAUGAUCUAAUCCAGAAGUUGGUGCAAUUGCGUAAUUUUGCUCAAAAUAGCCAAAAAUCCCCUGCAAUUGUCUCUGUGGAUAUUCCAUCUGGAUGGCAUGUUGAAGAGGGUGAUGUUAGUGGUGAAGGAAUGAAGCCUGAUAUGCUGGUUUCUUUGACUGCUCCAAAAUUGUGUGCAAAGAAAUUUACUGGUCCGCACCACUUUCUGGGGGGUAGAUUUGUACCACCAUCUAUUGUGGACAAAUUUAAGCUGCUGCUUCCACCUUAUCCAGGCACUUCCAUGUGUGUCCGGAUUGGAAAGCCUCCACCGAUUGAUAUAUCAGCCCUGAGACAAAACUAUAUUUCUCCAGAAUUGCUUGAGGAGCUGGUGGAGGCUGAUCCCAUUGAUCAGUUCUGUAAAUGGUUUGAUGAUGCAUUGGCUGCUGGGUUGAGGGAACCAAAUGCUAUGGCCUUGUCAACUGCUGGAAAGGAUGGAAAACCCUCAUCAAGAAUUGUGUUGUUGAAAGGAGUCGACAAGGAUGGGUUUGUUUGGUACACCAAUUAUGAAAGUCGAAAGGCAUAUGAAUUAUCUGAAAAUCCUCGUGCAUCCCUACUCUUCUACUGGGAUGGUCUUAAUCGACAGGUACGAGUGGAAGGAUCUGUGCAGAAAGUUCCUGAUGAGGAAUCAGAACAGUACUUCCAUAGCCGUCCUAGAGGAAGUCAAAUUGGAGCAAUAGUUAGCAAGCAGAGUACUAUAAUCCCUGGAAGGCAUGUUCUACGCCAAACAUUCAAAGAAUUAGAGGAAAAAUAUUCUGAUGAAAGUUUGAUUCCGAAACCUAAACACUGGGGAGGAUACAGGCUUAAACCACAACUUUUCGAGUUUUGGCAAGGACAACAGUCUCGUUUACAUGACAGGUUGCAAUAUAUUCCUCAAGAAAUCAAUGAGAAGCUAGUUUGGAAGAUUGUCCGGUUGGCUCCCUGA